AAUCCUUUAUAUGAGCAUUCGUUACCACCAUCACUAUACUUUCUCCUCUAAUUUUUCCUGGUCUCUUUUGGUUCAUUUGUCUUCUAGCACCAGCUCCUUCCAAAAAAAGAUUAUUUGUUGCUAACAAAACUCAACUUGAAUGUCACAUUUUGUAUUUCUUUUAACCUUUUCUCACCCUCUCUGAUUCGGAUCCUGUUAAUCAGAGAUUGAGAGGGGAAUGGAGAUCUUCCAAAGGGCCUAUGUGGUGCGUUUGAGGAGCCACCAUGACAAAUACUUGAUCGCCGACGACGAUGAAGAAACUGUUCGUCAAGAUCGUAAUGGGUGCUACAAGAACGCUAAAUGGAACGUGGAGAUCGUCGAGAAUUCCAAUUGCUUACGAUUCAAGAGCUGUUACGGAAAAUACUUGACCGCCUCCAAUUUGCCAUUCAUAUUUGGGUCUGGAGGCAAGAAAGUGCUCCAAACUCUUCCCAGAAGAUUAGAUUCCUCCCUCGAAUGGGAACCAAUCAGAGAGGGCGUUCAGGUGAGACUCAGGACCCGUUAUGGCCAAUUCCUGCGUGCCAACGGAGGACUGCCUCCAUGGAGGAACUCCGUCACCCACGACAUCCCUUACAGAAAUACGACUCAGGAUUGGAUUCUCUGGGAUGUCGACGUCGUCGAGAUUCGCUUGCAACAAGUUCAGCAACAUCCCAAACAGCGACCUCGUCCCAAGCCUAUUGCCCCGCCCCAUCGUUCCGUGAAUCCAGCCCCAACCAAUACUUCUGCUUCCGUUUCGGGUGGUGACAACUUCUCCAAAAUUGAGCUCAGGUCUCCAAAAACAACUGAGGUGAAAGAGUUGGAGGAAUACGCGCUAUCGCCAAAGAAAGAAGGGAGGACAAUUUUUUAUGAAGUGGGGGAUGAAUAUGGGGAUGUUGAGCCUGGAAAGGAGAAGUUCUUCACAUUCAAGGGAAGUUCUGUGAAUGAGUUGAAGGAAAAGCUGAAGGAAGAAACGGGGCAUGAUGAUAUUCUUGUGUGUUCCCGUAAUCCUUUGAAUGGGAAGCUAUAUCCCCUUCGCUUACACCUACCACCCCACAAUUCUGAUAUGCAUGUCAUCGUCGUUCCUUCCACAUUCCAAGCGUAAUUGCUCUGAGCAAUAGUCGGCCUAAGGAUGCCAGGAAUUUCAUCAGCACUGCUAUCAUAGGAGUCUGCAGCUCAUUCAGAAGUUGAAAUGUGACAUUUGCCAGAUGCAAAACUGCAAGGUAACACAUCACAAAGCAACUGGACCAUUCAAUCAGCUGUAAAUCCAACAAUGCUUUCCAAGUUGGUGCAGGACUAAGCCAUUUGAGAUGCAAACGCAGAGUGAUAUUUUUUAUGAAUUUAUCUUUCUUCUCAAAUUCUGUACUAAAAAAAAAAUCUAUGGGGUUUUCUCAUCUGAUAAUUUUUACCACUCAUUUUAUUCA